AACCAAUUGGUGAAUACCAGUGGUUAUCCCGAUAUAGUGAACGCUUAUAAGCAAUAUAUACUCGAAUCGGCACUACUAUUAGGCGCUCAAAAUGACAGCCAAACUCAUCAGGAUAUCGAGGAUUUGCUGAAUUUUGAGUCCAAGUUAGCCGAGUUAUCAUUGCCUCCGGAAAAGAAAAGAGAUUCCAGUGUUUGGUAUAAUAGGAUGACAUUUGAAGCCUUUAAUGAAUUGACUGAAAAUAGAGUCGAUUGGCUGAACAUAACGAACAGAAUAUACAGAGAAUUGAAUUCAACGAUUAAUAUGAAUAUAAGUGAAUUGGUUGUCGUCAUGGACUUAGACUACUAUAAGGGUGUGACACAACUUCUUGAGGGGACUCCGGGCCGAGUGAUCGGCAACUACUUGGGUUGGAUGACAGUCAUGAAUUUGGGUUCAUUUACCACUAAAGAGUUUCGGGAUAUUGUGUUUAAUUUCGAUCACGUGGUGUCGGGAGUGGAAAAGGAGACCGAGUUGUGGCAAACGUGUACUAAUAUUAUGUCGGUUAGCCUUCAAUACGCUGUCAGUCGGCUAUAUGUGGACAAGAAUUUCUCGCAAAAGGAUAAGCAAACGGCGGCGCUUAUGAUUAAUGACAUCAAAGAAUCGUAUAAUGAAUUGAUUCAAGAGAGCGAUUGGUUGGACGAAAGCACCAAAAAUAAAUCACUCAUUAAAUUGAAUGCCAUUAAACAAAACAUAGGAUAUCCCGAUUGGAUUCUAAACAAUGAUGAACUGGAUAAUUAUUAUAAUCUGAAACAAAAAGUGGAUCCAAGCAAAUCAUUUGAAGACUUAUUAUAUUUACAAAAUAUACUCGGUUUAAGACUAUUUAAAUUAAUCAGAGAACCAGUUGACCUAACAACAAGUUGGCCUAUGCCUCCCGCUGUAGUGAACGCUGCCUACGAGCCCACACAGAACUCUAUCACAAUUCCGGCGGGAAUUCUCAGAAUUCCGUACUUUGAUAGUGAAAGACCUGCUUAUCUGAACUAUGGUGCCAUUGGACUGGUUGUGGGGCAUGAAAUGACCCAUGGAUUUGAUGACGAAGGCAGUCAAUUUGACCCGAAGGGUGAUCUCAUUAAUUGGUGGACUGAAGACAUCCGAAAACGUUUUGGAGAUAAGGCUCAAUGUUUUAUCGAUGAAUACGCGAGUGUUUAUGUGCCAGAAGUGCAAAUGAAUUUGAACGGCAAGAAUACCGUCGGAGAGAAUAUCGCAGACAAUGGAGGGAUGAGAGAGUCUUACCGCGCGUUUCAGUUGUAUGUCGAAAGACAUGGCGAACCGCAACGCCUUCCACACGUCAGUCAAUACACUCCGGAGCAGCUGUACUUCCUUUCGCACGCAAAUGUUUGGUGUAGUCUUUGGAGACCAGAGGCUCUAAAAACUCAGAUCCAAUACGACCCGCACAGUCCCGGCAAAUACAGAGUCAAUGUUCCCGUCUCUAACUUUAAA